UUAUUAGAACUUACAGCGUAUAGGAUAUAGCUCGUGGAUCCAAUUGCAUUUGGAAUCUGAAAUUUUUGCAAGCAAAACAUGGCUGCUGCUAUUCUUUCCUUUCAGUCCCUAUCUCGUUUCGCUCCUUCUUUCCCUUUCAACAAGCAACUUAAGCUGAGAAAGCCUGUUUUAUCUCUCACAGAGAUUGCAGAUAAGUCUAUGCCCUUUAGCUCACUUAACCCAACUCUUUCAAGCAUAACAUCUGAUGGCAACACAAAAGGAAGCGGUCCAAAGAAAAGUUCUAAUAAUGCCCCAGGAAGUAAGGAGAUUGAUGAAAAUGAGAAAUCAUCUCGUGCCAUUAAAGCACCUAAAUCGUCCAGUAAGGAAGAGAUGAUUGCUCUGUUUAGAAGGAUACAAUCUUCAAUCUCCAAGGGUAAGCCUGGAAGGGCUAAGUCUGAAAGUUUCAGCUCAUCCGAGGAUAAGUCCACAGCUGAAUCAGUUAUGGAUGUUAUUCGCGAAUCAAGAAUGAAUGUCAAAGACACUAGAUCAAAAAAGGGUACCAAGGCAUUGAGAUGGAGAAGUAGCAUCUCUAAGAUAAGUAGUGUGGAGAAGAAAGCUACUGUAGAAACCGAGGAGUUCAAUUUAUCAAGGCCACCAUCUAAUUUUAUAAAGAGAUCGCCAAUACCACACCCAACAGCACCAAGAACAAAGACCCCUGAGAGGAGCAAUGAAGUGGUAUCCAUCGAUGGGAGGGGCUCAGAGUUGGCAAACAUGGAGAAACUAAAACUUUCAGAGUUGAAAGAACUAGCAAAAGCCAGAGGAAUCAAGGGUUACUCCAGAUUGAGGAAGACUGAACUUCUUCAAUUGUUGAUGUCAUAAGGAGACAGAACCGCCCCCCCCCCCUUUUUUUUCUGUAAUAGCAAAUGCUAAGCCUUACUCUUAUUUCCGCAGCUCCAAUUCAAAAUACUUGAACAGAGAAAGGCAUUCUCCAAUUGCAUAAAAACUGAUAAAUGUAAUAAACCAACAAGGAAAGUACUUUGGAAUUUCAAGUCAAUCAUAUAUCUCUCCGGUAAAACAAAAAAACCGAUACGGUAAAUAGUCAAAAUCAAAUAACCAAAACUUCAAACAACUCAACUGAUCUUGUAAAUGCUACCCCUAAGCUCCAAUAUUUUGAGACUUGUUAAGGAUGACACCUUCAUAUUUGACCUGGAACCAUUUCAUGGCAUCCUCCUUAGUUACUCUGUGCUGAAUACCAACACGUGACUUGCACCUGCGACGACGACCAACGCGGUACCCAGCUCGUUCCAGGACAACAUAAAAGUCCAUAC